CGGGUCUUCCGCCAACGCCUCUGCAGCUAUCACACGAUGAAAUUAUGCUUAGGAGGAGGAACCAGGAAGAGAUCCGAAAUGUCUAUGUAUGCUACAAUCGAAUAAAUUUUUGCAUAUCUCAGAAGGAUAAACACCUCAAGCCUGACCUCGAACGAGCUUAUCUCUCUCUCAUAACUGCCUCAAGAGGAUGCAGUAGUGUGCAACGUCUAGCAGCGGAGCUUAUUCCUAAAUAUGCAUCAUACUGCCCAACUGCUCUUGAAGCUGCUGUCAAAGUUUUAAUUCAUAUGCAUAAUUGGAGUUUGGGAGUAAUCAGCACAGGACAAGAUGCAAAUGGCAUCGCAUUUGACAUAGCCAGAGCCUGCAUUUUUGGCUUAGUUGAUAUCUGUGUAAGUGCUGCUGCAGCAGCACCAACGUCAUCAGUUAUUCAAGGCAUCUCAAUGACAGUGUUUCGUGAUGCCGUGACCUUCUUCAUAUCCUCGUUUGAAGGGAAGAAUAUCUCCCAGAUUGUGGAUAAAGAAAUUCUGAAAAGUGAAGAUGUUUUGGGUUCAGUUUCUCAAUAUGAGCAAAAAGUUUUAGCUUUGGAUGAAUCCUGCUUGCCCAAGUUAUCAAAAUUCCGUGCCCUAAGUCUUCUUAGAAUUAUCUUUACAUGCACUAAGAAUGUAAUUGCAACUUGCUUUGACCUCUUUGACUCCAAGGAUACCCACAAAGAAGGAUAUCACUUUCUAAGGCAGUUAACAGAGAGAAUUGUUCAAGCUCCACCCCACUCAUUGGAUGAUGAAUGUAAUGGAUCAACACUGUCUACAUCUUCCAUGAAAAAAAGCUGUAGUGGCAAAGAUUGCAGUGAUGAUGGUUUUGCAACAGGGAGUAAAACCACCCCAAAGCUCACAAAAGAGGUCUCCAAAAACUGCUUGCUGGGCCUGGUUCUAGACAAUGACCUGUCAUUAAAAAAAUUGAUCAUUUCUAGGUUUAAGAAGUUACACAAGCCGGGAUAUUCUCAGACUGUUUCAUUGAUUGCAUCUAUUCUGGAAGAAGUUUUUGACUCUUUUUUGGAUCAAGUUACGGUAAAGGAGAUUAAGGAAGAAGGGGAGGAUGAUUUGUGUUCAAGAGAGCAUAAUAAUAAGUUUUUGCUUCCUAGAGCAUGCAGUCAAGGGCAUGCUUCUGAGGUUUCCAGAAGUUCAGUAGUUUCUCAAUUAGCAGAUCGCGGUUCGAAUCCGGAUAUUUUAUGCUCAAGGUCCUUGACUGUUGAUUCAAACGAGCAUGGUAAUUUGUUGCAUCACAGGUCAGGGGAAUUGUUUAAUGAACCAGUUUCUUCACCUAUAAUAAGACCAUCACACUCGAGAAGUUUCUCCAUCGAUAGUGGAAACUGUAGUUCUCCAAUAGAGAAAAGUCAUAUCCCCAACAUGGAUCAUCCUCUACCUGCACUGAGAACUUCUUGUGAAGGUGCAGUUUGCGCCACUCCAUCCCCCAAGCAAAAUUUUCCCCUACACCAACCUUCAAUAAAUCAGGUGGCUUGGUACUGUGAUGGUGACCCAGCUUGUUUGGAUAUAUGUCCUGCUUCAAAGCAUCUCUGGGUUGGUUCUUUAGAUCAUACUGUAGCUGAAGGGUUUCUUAGACUUCAGUUUGAAAACAUCGGUCCUUUGGACAAUUUUUCGUACUUCCCCCUAAAAGGGUUUGCCUUGGUAGAGUUUAGGUACAUUCGAGAUGCAGUGAAAGCCAGGGAUGUCAUGCGUAGAGGUUCUCCUUGGGGCACUUCUCUUUGCGUUAAAUUCUUUGAUGCAGGAUUUGGAACUAGGGGCACUAUAAAUGGUGUGGCAAUAGGUUCUAGUUGUCAUGUUUACAUUGGGAAUGUCCAAAACCAAUGGGUAAAGGAUGAAAUAAUCCAUGAAGCAAGGCAAAUGGUUAUCAAGGGCCAUGUUAUGGUUACUGAUCUCUGCAGUGAAGCUGCAUUGCUAAUGGAAUUUGAGACUCCUGAGGAGGCUGCCAUUGUCAUGAAUCAUCUGAGGCAACGCCGUAAUUCUAAGAAUAGCUCUCCGCGGCCCCCAAACGCAGGUCUAGUAAAUGCUACUAUGCAUGUUGAAGGUUCAAGACUGGCUUCCACCUACUCCGCCAAUAAUAUGGUUGUGCAGUCUCAUCAUGCUCAGGCCAUGGUUGAACAACAGACCAAUGCCCACAUGACCAGUCAACCUGGAAUGCAUCAUGUUCUUGUUUCUGCAAAGCCUGAAAAUGGUUUUGCGGAGGAUGCAUCUCCUAGAACAAAGCCAGAACACAGGGCUGUAACAGCAAGUGGACAUCAUGGAUUUCAAUCAAACUGGAGACCUGUUGUGGGUCAAGGUGGAGGAAUUUCUGGUAAUGGUGAUCAAAUGUGGGCACAUGUAAAACCUGAAAGAGAGCUCCACUCUGGACCAACCCAAGGACCUACUAUGGGGCCAUCAAUCUCCAUUCAGGGACCUCCUGUUGCAUCACCACAACCUGUUCAAACGCCUCCAGCUGCACCACUUCAUCGAGUUCCUGUAGGGUCUCCACAUGCACCACCACAUCCACAUCACACACAUCUAGUACUGCCACCACAAUCAAUUCAGCAACCUACUAUUCCACCAUCUCAGCCAGUGCAAUCUGCUUUCUUUCGACCUGGUUACUUCCCGCCAAGUGGUUGGGAUGCACAUGCUUCAAACCAUACCUUUCAUCCAAACCCUUCCCCUUCUAGUAGUAUUCAUCACAAUGCACUUGUACCGCCAUAUCUGUCUGCUUCUGUGACUCCCCUUUCUCAGACACAAGCCAGCUCAGCUCCAACACACAAUCAUAUGGUCUACAUGAACAAUCAGCCUUCUUUGACAUCUUUCCCUGCCCCACAUCCUGAAUUUCGAUAUCCAUUUACUCAUCAACCCGUGUUUCAUCCUGCAUUUCAUUCAUCCCCACCACAUCCAGCGCCACCUACUGCGCCUCCUCCGCCUAAUUCCCCACCACCCCCUCCCCCUCCUCCAUCAUCUGGAUCUUUGAAUUCUGAGAAUUCCACGCAGUGGCAGGGAACCUUGAAUAAAAGUGGGGUUCAUUACUGCAAUGUCUAUGCACAGAGGGUAGAGUCUGUUGUGUGCAACUAUUCAAGUUGUGUUGCUGAACCAACAGAAUGGCCUGCAAAGUUAGAUAUGACAAAACGCACAGAUUUUGAGCAUAUCAAAUCUACAUUUUCUAGUACCCCGCCCAAUAAAAGGGAGAUAUGCUGGUUGCUUCCUGCUUCUCAAGAUGACCAUAAGGGUUUUCAGGAUUUCACAUCAUACUUGAAACAGAGGGAGUGUGCGGGUGUCAUUAAGUUGCCAGCUGUAGGAUCUAUAUGGGCUAGACUUCUUUUUAUCCUUCCGCAGUGUCCAGAGACCUGGUCCAUGCUCUCUCUUGAGCCCAACCCAGUGCCUUGCCUCAUUGGUUUGGUCCUGCCCAAAGAAACUAACUUUGAAUGGGUAUGACAUCCUUUAUUUAUGGAUUAUAAUCAAAAUGGUCUCUGCUUUGCAAGUGGAGCCGGCAGCGCUAUUCGAGGAGAGAGAGGUAAAUACCAUUUUCCAAACAUAUUAGAAAUGACUGACUGACUAAUUCUCUGUUUUUGUAAAUAUCUCCAGUUUCAUUAGGAAAUUGUCUGGAUAUUAAAUCAAAUACUUGUGUCCAAUUGAUGGGUUGUAUUUAGGAUUUCAUUUAUUUAAUCAUGAAGUUUGUCAGACUAGAAACACUUUGAGAGCCAGUUAACCUCUAUUUGCUCUUCUUUUUAUAGAACUGUACUCGAUGAUCAAUGUAAUGAAUGAGCAACAGUUUCGGGGAUUGCCCGAGUAUUUU